UUGCCAAGAUUGAUCUGUCACACUUAUUUGGAGGAAAGCACUUCCGAGUUCCCACCGUUCUUUGCUCGAAGGGCUACGGCGUCAGUCUGCAAUCGCUAGUUGAUACUGGAGCCCAAGGGUUCUUAUUUUUAAAUUCUGCAGUUGCUCGUACUAUCUCUAGUUCGCUUUAGGUUCCUAUCCGACGGCUACCCUUUAAGAUUACAGUUAAAGGAUUUUAAGAUCAGGUUCAAAUAAGGGUAAAUCAAUAUAUCCGGUUACACCUCUCUAUCGAUGGCCGCAAGGUUUACAACUGCCCUUUCGUUAUUAUGGAUUUAGGAUCACAGGAUUGCAUUAUUGGGAUUAAGUGGCUGCGCCGCUUCCAGCUUCAACUAGACACGGUUCGGAACCGAAUCGUGUGGCCAGCCAAGUACCCAGCAACUUAUGAUCCUGCCCCGCCCAUUUUAGUGCAGUUGAAACAACCAGCUGUCGACGCCGAGGUUGAGAAGGACAUUGAGAGACGCAACGCUCUCUGGGAGAAGGACGACUAUCGGAGAAGAAACAGCCCAACCACGGCUAGUAUCCAAAGAAUCCGUGGCCUUCUUCGACUUCCAAAAGCCCGUCCUCUACCGCCCGCACCUAACCCUGUACCGAAACCUAUCCGACCUGCACCUUCUUCCCCUCCUUCACCCCGCAUCUCACUUAUCUCUGCCAACGCCUUCCACUACACCAUGAAACGCAAGGAAAACGAGUUCUUCACGACAAGUAUCUAUGAGAUCGAUCGUAUUUUAGAGGAGAGACGACUAAAAGAUGAUCCUGAAAAUGCCAAGUUAGUUUAGGACCGACUUCUGUUCGUCUACUAUCCGUACCGAGACGUGUUUAGCAAAACGGCAGCUGAUUAGCUACCUAAACACCGCCCGUACGACCAU